AUGGCAUCACCGAUUCCUCUGGACGUGGAAAUGUUUCGUACCCUUGAAGCUCGUGCCAAUGAAUUGUCAAACAAUCUGAGUCAAAUGGUUCACCGUUUGCAAGUUGAAAUGAAACAAAUGUCAACUUCGACAACAGAAUCUUGUAGCGUUUACAAGGAAUCAGUACAACGAUUAUCUGAGCAAGUAGACGCUUGUACGGGGAAAACAGUUCAACUCAUUGCUGAGUGUGACGAACUCGAUAAGGACCUAGCUCAGCUACAUAUUAUAGCCAAGCAAAUCAAAACAAUUGAUAAAGCGUUGGAUCGAUUACAGCAAGCCAUCUAG